ACCUUCUGUACCAGCCCCUAGCUAGUCGGUCGGUGUCUGAGCCCCUGGAAACCCUCCAGCCCUUCCUGCCGCUGGAAGGCGCUUUUCUCUCUGUUCCCCUCCUCCCGCCUGCUGCUCUUCCCUCUCCGCCCCCCAUAGCUCCUCUCCCUCUGCUGCUGCUCAGAGCUGUCCCCCGGAGCAGCUGGGUGAGUGACACCCCUGUCAGCAGCGUCAGUUUCAUUGCUGCCCAGGGGGUUCUGAAAAGCCCUGGUGGAAAUGGACGCGACUGGGGGAAGGUGGAGGGCCCUGAGCAGUAACCGGGGCAAUGGAACUGUCUGUCUGCAGACUCAGGAAGAGAUCGCUGAUCCGGCGCGCAGAACUACCAGGGCUAGAAACACUCCUGAAAGUUUUCACAAGCUGCUAAACCAGAUUUCUCCAUUCGCUAGGGAAAGUUGCUACUCACCACUGGCAAGUGGACAGUGGGUUUUAACUCCUGUAGGAGGCACUUGCCUCCAGUCGGGAUGGCAGCGAUAAUGACUCGAAUGAAGUGUGACCUAAAUGCCGUCUGCAGGGCCUGUGUUUACUAAAGAGGACACAGGUCACAGACAAGACCAAGGCCCAGCAUUCAGGGUGCCACCCUGAGCCAAGCUGUAUGCGGACGUAUCAGGUCCCAGCAUGCGGUGCUCCAUCUUGAUGCAAGCGGUAGAUGCAUGCUGCGCUCGGGAACUUGAAGCCCGCAUCCCUACUUCAGGGGUUACUGUUGCUGCAGGCUGUGUUCUGUGUGUUUAAGGGCUGCUUGGCUCAAGGAGCAUCACAUGGUGGAACUGCAGUCUUUUAAGUCCACAUCAGUGUAUUACUGGACCGAUCAGAUCAAGAGCAUCUUUGCAUGCUGGGAUCUGGAGUCUCUGUGGGCUAUACCUCUUUAAAUCAAAUCAAGGGUGAUUAUAAUCUGCUCCAUUUUACACAAAUUGAGUGUGACCUUCCCAAUCCUGGCAAGGUGCUUAAUUUAAUGUGAGAGGAAGGAUACUCUGGGGUUUUGGGCACAGCAGAAGAUGUGGAUUAUAUUCCCAGCCUUGCCCGUGGCUUGCCAUUUUACUUGAUUUACUUACCACACUAAUAUCUGGGUGCUAUUUGACAAGCAAUCCAGAAAGAUAAGCAGACAGACAAAUCACUGAUACUCUCUCAGUGCCUAAAUUUACAUGUAUGAAACAGGGAUAAUCACAUUUACCAACAACACAGGUGUAUUUCAAGGCUUAAUUAACUUGUUAAUGUCUUUGAAGCAUUUUAUGGUUUUCCUAAGGAAAUCAUGUUAUUCUAAUGAGUGAGUGAGUUUAAGAAAGCAGAGAGGUGGAAAACUUGACAUGUCUCAAUUGCAAAAGGAAUUCCAUUUCACAAAGCUCCUGUCGAACAUGAAGGUGAAUCAGGAAAUUUUAACUCUCCCUUUCACUUAGGUGAGGCUCAAGUACAUAUGAGCGCUGUACUAAAGGAUUCUACAGUAUGUGAAGGUGAAGACUGAAGGGCUGUAUAAACUGAAUCACCGGUGAGGGAGAACUGUUGGAAGCCAUGAGAUGGCUGCAAAACCCAAGAAAGGUUUAAAAGGUUCCAUCCAGGACAUGUUCAGUGACCUCCUGGGAGAUGAUGAUGAAAUCCCCAUUAAAUCCAACAAGCCUUCCCAGCACUCUGGGGGCAGUGGAAGGAGAUCCAGGGAAAUUGUCUCCAAAGCCAGCAAAAAGUCUGGUUUGGAGGAUGGUGUCUUCAGCAAGAUGGCUGCAGAGGACGGUGCAGAAGCAGAGGGAUCUGACCUCUCAGAUGUAGACCCACAAGCUUUGCUGGAGACCCUGAAGGAGAUGGAUGACAUGGAAGCUGAUCUCCUAGGCAUAAAGAAGUCUGGUUCUGGGGCUGGGAGGACAAGAGCAAAGGGUUUCGAGAACCUUGAAUCCUCAGGUGACCUGGCAAAAACUGCAGGGAAGCUAACGACUGUUGAGAAAGGAGAGUCUGCCACUGGAAUUGAAAAGAAACCCCUCUCCACUCCCGCCACCCCCCAGCGGCAGUACAAGAAGUUUUCCUUUGAAGAUUUAGACGAUCCUUUGGCAGGGCUUUUAUCGGAUGAGGAGGAAGAUGCUGCUAAGAAGUUACCUCCAACAGGCACCAAAAGUAGCCCUGAAAGACAUACUGGACCAGCCAAAGGGACGUCUCUCUCCUCGGCUCCUGGCCAUGCUGUUGCUCCCAUGCGGAGGAGGGAGGAGCUGACAUUUGAAGAUGAUGGGGAUGACCUGAUGGACGCGCUGGGGUUUGACGAGGGUCCGAGGGGAGAGCUGAAGCAGGAGAGGAAAGGAGAAGAGGAAGAGCCCCGCCCUGCCCGCUCCAAGCUGGAGGAGUUGUUGGGAAGUGGGACCGCAGCCAAACUUCUGGAGCAACCGACCACAGGAGAACGCAAGGAGUUCAAACUGGAUACAAAAUACCAACAGCAACCUGAUAAGGAAAACAUUUGGGACAAUGAGGAUUUCACCUUCGGAGCCUACCAGCCCACCCUGGCCUCCACACCCGAGGGCCGGCGGUCAAGACGACAAUCUGUCAGGUUUUCAGCAGAGAAUAUCAAUGAACUGAAAAUGGACCAAAGGUCCAAACCAACCACUCCAGCCAUCACGAGCCCCAUGCGAGGCAGUAAGACUGGCGCUGACUGGCUGGGCUUGAAAGAUGAGGACUUUAUCGAUUUGGACCCUCCAUCUCUAGCCAAGGACGCCGCCAAAGGUAGUCCCGCGGCAGCCCCUUUGAACAAGCCAUCCAGCUCCUCAGCCACCAAGCAGCCCAGCCCAGCCAGCCAGCUCCUUCCUGGGACAAAGCCAGCUGCAGAGGAAGCAGCAGCUAAACCCAGACCACUUGAGGAGGAGGAGGAUAGCUGGCUGAAUAACGCCUUGUCUCGAAAAAAAUCCCAGGUGCAGGGGAAGGUCCAGGAGAAAAGGGCUGGGGCCUCGGGCUCCCUGAGACAGGACGACGAGGUGGACCCCAUUACUGUUACCAGCCAACAAGCUCCCUCUGUGAGAGAGCCUCAGCGGUCUGCUGUCCCAGAAGAUAAGUCCACCAGGAUGGAAGACUCAGGGUAUCCUGGUCCAUGGCUAACCACUCAGAAACAAGCCUCAUCUCUUACAUCUGAGUCCAGGAAAGGGGCACCUCCUGGAGACACCAGUCACGCCGCUUCUCUCCAAGGACAUCCAGAGGGUCUGGGGUUUUCCACACUAACUCCGGUUGCCCUGUCUGGGGCUCCUCUCCAGCAGGUUCUACUGCCGCAGCAGCUCCUGCAGGCCGAGCCCCUGGCCCUGAGCUUGCUGAACGCCAGUGAGUACGAGAAGAGGCCGGUGGCUUUGCAGGCACAGCUGAGGGAGAAUGCAGCAAGGCACCAGGCGGAACUGCUGAGUGCCCAGACUCGUCUCGCCGAGCUGGAGAGCCAGGUGCGGAAGCUGGAGCUGGAGAGGAAUCAGCAGAAGUUGCUCCUGGAGAGUCUACAGCAGCGUCAUGAGGAAGACUUGGAACUCGUUGACAAUGCACACAGGAGCCAUGUGAAGGUGAUGGAGGAAUCUUCCCGGCAGCGCGAGGCGAGGCUGCGGCAGGAGAACGAGGAACUGGCAGCGCAGUACCUGUCCCACUGCCAAGGCGCAGAGCGGGCCAAGUCAGAGCUCCUGGCACAGCAGCAGCGCAGGCUGGCAGAGCUGGAGCAGGAGAAGGUCCAGGAGGUGGAGAGGCUACGGGAGCUGCAGCGGGCAUCCAUUCUGGAGAUGCGCAAAGACCAUGAAGAGCAGCUACAAAGGCUGAAACGACUGAAAGAUCAGGAGAUUGACGCGGUAACCAGUGCUACCUCCCAUACCAGGUCUUUGAACGGCAUCAUUGAGCAGAUGGAGAAGUUUUCCAGUAACCUGAAUGACCUCUCCUACAAAGUGGAAGCUACCCACCACAACACGUCGCAGGAGCUCGAGAUUGGAGCCCGUCAGCGGGAUGAACAGCUCAGGGUGCUGCAGGACAGACUGACGCGGCAGCAAAGGGACAUGGAGGAGGAGCGGAGCCGGCUGCAGGAGGUCAUCGCUAAAAUGGAGGCCAGGCUGAGUGAGCAAACUCGUCUCCUGGAGCAGGAACGCUGGAGGGUGACAGCAGAACAAGCCAAAGUGGAAUCUCUACAGCGUUCGCUAGAGGAACAGCGGAGGGUGAUGACCCAGCAGCUGACCAUGGAGAGGGAAGAGCUGGAGCGGGCAAAGAAUGUCUUGCUGGAGGAGCAGAAGUCGGUCAUGCAGAAGUGCGCGGAGGAGCGUCGAAAGCUCGCCAUGGAGUGGUCAGAGUUCCAUACCCAGCAGAAGCUGAGCAAGGAGCGGACAGAGCGUGACGUCGACCGCGCCCUGCAGAUAGAGUCCCAGAGGGAAUGUGCCAUCAUGACCCUGGCAAAGGAACAAGCAGAUCUGAAAAUCAAGGCCAGUGAGCUGCGGGCUGAGGAGGAGCAGCUGGCUAGAGAAAGGGAAUCUGUGGAGCAGGAGAGGCAGGAGCUGAGAUUCAAGAAGGAAAGGGUGAAUGCAGCUGCUUUGCACGUCAGACAGAGGGCAGAGGAGAUUGACAGCAUGAGCAAGCUGUCCUCGCAGAAGUAUGAGGAGGGGGAGAGAGCCCUGCUGGAGGCGAAGAAGGUGGAGUCAGAACAUCAGACGAGGCUGCGUACCGUGCAGCAGCAGCUGGAGCGGCUGAGGCAGCAGGAGCAGCACCUGCACCAGGAGCACCAGAACCUGGCUCAUCAAAGGAGACAGCUUGAACAGCUGCGAGAAGAGCUUCCGAACAGCCCGGUGCAGUUCCUGACCAAGCCCCGGGUGACACACCCAGGUGCUCAAACCAUGAGCCUCUCCGCCAUGCACUCUGCUCUCUGCAAGCGGGCAGCCCCUCUAGGGCCAAUGCCUAAUGAAGACAUAGAUGUCAGCAACUUGGAGACAUUGGAGAAAUACCGCAGCUUCACUCGCUAUUUCAAAGUGGCUGAAAAGGAGAGUAAGAAGACUCACUGGUGGCAAACAUACAGGAAGCAUAUCGCACCAGAGCAAGAUGAAGAGGCAAAGAUAGACAUUGGCCUGCCUUACUACAGACCACCACGGGCAAAGCAACUGAAGGAGAGAAAAGAGAUAUUGAAACAGAACCGCCAGAGUGUGGAAAUGGAAAGAGCAUCCCGCCUCAGGACAUUGGUGAUUCCACUUGACGAAGUCAAGGCAGAGUGGGAGAAAACCAAUGGCCUGUUGCAUAAGCAGCGUGUCGCUGAGCACUACGGGAUAUACCGCGAUAUGUUUGACAAAGCCAUAUUCGUCCCCAGAGUGGUUCUGCGAGUAGAAUACAACCUAGAUGAUGAGCAUGUCAUGCCAGUAUAUCAUGGGAAUUUUGUGACGCCCACCGAGGCUUCCAGUCCCCCAGAAGUGAUAUAUGAGGCAGAUGAAGGCUCCCUGUGGACUCUGCUGCUCACUAAUCUGGAUGGACACCUGCGAGACGCUGAUUCUGAGUACGUCCACUGGCUGGUGACUAACAUUCCUGGCAACAACGUAGAUUCGGGGAAAGAGAUUUGCCAUUACUUCCCCCCAUUCCCUGCCAAGGGAACUGGCUACCACCGCUUCGUCUUCCUCCUCUUCAAGCAGGACCAACCAAUCGAUUUCAUUGAAGAUGUUCGGCCGACCCCAUGCCACAGUCUCAAGAUGAGAACCUUCAAGACAUUUGACUUCUACAAGAAGCACCAGAACGAUAUGACGCCAGCUGGGCUGGCAUUUUUCCAGUGCCAAUGGGAUGAUUCCGUUACUAACAUCUUUCACAACCAUCUCAACAUGAAGGAGCCAGUGUUUGAGUUUGUGCGACCUCCUGUGUAUCACCCCCCUCAGAAGAAGUUUCCGCACCUGCAGCCUCUGAGGUACCUGGAUAGGUACAGGGACAGCCACGAGCCCACGUAUGGCAUUUACUGAGGAGUUUGCCACCUCUCCAGGAGGUCCAGGCCAUUGGGGCAGGAAUACUCUAUCUUCUCCAGAUGCGUCAAAUGACUGUGCUGUCUGGGAUGCUCCAUGUCUCUGGGAGAGGGGAGUGGGGACUUCUGGAAUCACAGCAUUGGCAGUUACCUGGUCAAAAGCCUUGUUAAUAGAGAGUAUUUAUGGCCAUGAGAGGGUAUCCAUCUCCCCUCUGAAGGACUUUGAGCCAGAUGCUAGUGGUAGCUGAAUGGCCCAGUGUCCUCCAAGGGCACCGUGUCUCAUGUCACUGCAGGAGCCAGGGCUCUAAGCAUAGGUGUACCAAGGCUGACUCAGUCUGGUUAGCCAGUUCAGAUCAUGUAUUUGUGCAGUGAUAGAAAAAUAACCUCAUCUAAAUCCAACCCAGUGAUUUGUGCAACCUGGCAGAGGCAGAACUGUCCAUCCGGUCCGUCUCCUCUUUCCCCUGCCAUGAACUUCCCAGGGCUGGGAUCCUGAGCGGCAUCCUUCAUAUUUUCAUACAGAUAUUUAAAAAAUCUGAAUAAACCCUUUCCAAGCGAA